UGUGGGACCGCACUCGUUUUACCCCGUUUGACACCAUGCUCGCUCUCGUGGGGGAGAGAGAAAUGGGAGAUGAUUUUUUUACCCCGUCUGUCCGUCCUCCGUCAACGCUGGCUACCACGCGCAGUAUCGUCGGUGGCUCCUCGUCCUCUAACGGCAAGAAUCUCGGCAACAACAUUUGAAUCCUCGUUCUCUUUUCAUCAAUGAACAGACCCAGAUGGUGAACCCUAGGACAACGAAUUUAGCGACCAAAUUCGAGCAAGAAGAAAAUUCCCUCCGGAUUUUGAGCCGAGAUGUUCAGACGUACAUCUCUCAAGAUUCAUCUUUUCCUCAGUGGAUUUGACUGGCAUCAAAGAUAUGCUCAUUUUACUGGGAGGGUUGUUGUACUGUCGAUUUUUAUUUUGUUUUACCCUUUCUUUGUGGCUUGGACUGUCGUCGUCACUCUGUGGUUCAUGCACUCAAAAAAUUGUGGAUUGUGGGCUUGUCUACAUUGCUUGCAUCUGUAUGGUUUGACCUCAGGUGAAUCUGGAAUGAGGAACCCAACUCAAUAACCUGGACGUCAAUGGAAGACCCUCUCAACAGGCUCAGCAAUAUCCUGGCCAAACGCAUAAUUUUUUGCGAUAGUAGCCCGCACAAAAUUGGCCUCACCCAGCUGGUGUUUGAAAUAGGUGCUAUGUUAUUAAGCAUCUGAUAGUUCAUGGAGAACAUAAUCAAGCUACUCAGCUAUUGCAUCCAUAGAGAGGAAAAGUUGAUUGUGUACGAACUCAUGGAGGACAUAAGUCUAAUCGCCUUUACAGUCAAAAAACAACGACCCCAGCUCCUAACAUGGCCAGUGCAGUUUGCAAUCAUAAAGGAGAUUACUCGAGGAGUUGUUUGUGUACAUCAAGACUCAAGACUUUCAAUCGUUCACAGCAAUCUCAAGGUCGGCCCUGGUGAGGUGGAUGAUGAUUUAGAAGGUAAAGUUGCAGAGAGUGUACUAAUUUUGUUCGAGAGAGCAGAACAAGCAACUAAAGCUCUGAUAGAACUCGAAGGUCGCCUUUUUGGAGGAAGGCUUGUUCGUGCUUGCUUUUAUGAUGAGGAGAGGUUCAGCAACAAUGAGUUGGCUCCUUUGCCGGGGGAAGUCCCUAGCUUCUUUUGA